AACGACAUACCGCAACAACAAUGCAGGCUGUUCGCGAUAAACUCGUCUAUGGGUCAGGGUAUUUAUCAGGUCGCUCGGCAGGAUGGCCGACGGGUUUCUGGGAGCUCUACGGAACUGUCAUGUCGAAAGUAACAGGCAUGUUGACACUGCCGCUCCCACUGGUGUCCUUCAUUGCCAUUCCGCUGUACGGCGGCUCGUCAACCACUGUCAGCCUCGGCUUCUUUUACCUGACAUGGAUAAGCUUGAUCUGGAGCAAAGGACCGCUAACCAUCGAAAUAUACGGCACUGCAAUCAUUAGGCUGUUCUGCUACUUGAUACCGUCGCUACUCUCACUCGGCUUCGAUUUAUCGAUACCUAGCAUGAGUCGCAAAGUCAAGGCAGCAGGAAAAAGACAUCUUCCACACCAGCUUGGUCGAGACCGGCUGUUACACGUUGCGGCUCUUGCGACGUGCAACAUAUUUCUGGGUGUGCUCUUACAGGCAAUACUCGAAAUUGUGGCCACUCGAAUACUUCAUCUUCGCAGUCUCCUGCAGGUUUCGAAGGCCGUUCCUCUGCCCUGGACACUGCUGAUGGAUGUGCUGAAGGGCUUUGCUGUGAGGGGCGCUGUACACUACGCAGUACAUCGAUACGUGCUGCAUGAGUGGCAAUCAGUGUUACAAAAAUGGCACCUGGAAUAUCAGCACUGCACAGACAUCACCUUCAGCAUGCUCGCAGCAUAUGACCAUCCUGCCGCAUAUCUGCUGAAGGGGUUCUUGCCGACGUUCUUGCCGGCCGUGAUCUUUCGCUGGCAUGUCCUUACCUGGCACUUAUUCCUAAGCUUGGUUUCUCUAGAGGAGUUUUUCAUAUUUUCCGGGUAUACUACACUUCCGUCCACGAUCAUAACUGGCGGGAUGGCUCGUCGGAAUGAGGCACACUUUACUUCGGUGGGCGAUGGCUACGGAAUUGGAAAUUAUGGUCGGCUUGGUCUUUUGGAUCUUUGUCUUGGGACGUCAUGCCCCGACGAGGACGAUGUAAUCGAUGAUAUCCAGGAAGAAGCUGAGAAGCACAAUGUGCAAGAUCGAGUCACGAAUGCAGUUGACUCCGGCAUGUCGAAAUUGAAGAAGCAGAAAGCCCGCAAGCGGAAGUAAUACUAGGGUUGCAUUAGCCGCUGCUAUCGGAAUGAUCGCAAGUCUUGUUCGCAUGUCGAGUAUCGUAAUCGAGCGAUUCAUUGCUGUAUCGAUGGUAUUAAGCCACCUUGAUGACAACCUUCCCAAAAUGCCCACCGGAGUACAGGUACUGCAGAGCGUCUUUUGCCUCGUCGAAGUUGAAGGUCCUGUCUAUCGCAGGAUGAAUCUGGCGUUUGGCGUAAAACCUGCACAUCUCUUCGAAGCGAUCCUUAGGGCCAUUGAGUAUUCCCUUCAA